AUGCAUCUCUUGUCACUCCUUCCCGCAAUCUUUGUGCUCGUCGCCUCCCAUGUUGCCGUUGACGCAUCACCAGUCGAUGCCGGCAUCAAGGGCAGCGGCUCGCAUCAGCUUCUUGCACGAGCGGACCCUCCCGUCAUGGUGCCCGUUAACUUUGCCACGGGCCAAGGUGAGUGUAGUGAUGAGAGAAAGACUAUCAUCCGCACCGAGAUGUCGUGGGCGUAUGCGAUGGCCAUCGAAGCGUACAGCGACCCGCAAUUCGGCGACUACUACAACCACUUCUUCUCCCAGAGUCUUCGAGACCAGGACGACUUUGGUGACAAGGUCAAGGAGCGCUAUCGUCGCAUGGCAGACAUCCUCAGUGGUAGAUCGCCAGAGUUUACCGUCACGGUAACCUGCGACGAAACCAAAGAAGGGUGCUGGAAGAAAGGCUGGUGGGCUUCCAUGAACGAUAACUUGCAGGUAAUGAACGUUUGCGACGCGUUCUUCGAAGACAACGGCGGUUUCCUGAGCGAUUCGACCUCAGCGACGCUGGACGCCUGCGAUAACGAUGUCAUGGAUCUUCGCUAUGCGCAGCGGGCCAAGUCUGGCAUCUUACUCCACGAGAUGACCCAUACAUCUUACGGCGUGAACAAAGAAUCAGGCGCUCUCGACGUGGCUUACGGCUACAACGGCUGUACUGCACUCGCAAGGGGAACCUUCGACAGGUCCUGCGUCUCAUACAAGGCAAAGCCCAAGAAAUCAGGAACCCUGCCCACCCCUGACAAGAUCAUCUGCCAAACCACCAACUCAGACGGCGUAAUUGUCGAGGGUAUAUGCCCCGCGGACUACAGCGAGAACAAUGCCGACACGUACUCGUUCGUCGCCGCCGGCAUCUUCUUCAGCAAGCGCUGCAACAAGGUGAUCCCCUACCCCGCCACCACGGGCCCGCCAGCCAGCGGAGGCGGCACGAAGAGACAAGUGAUCACCUCGUGCCCCAUGGCCGACUACGUCGUCUGGGACGGUGACGACGAGAGCGCGAGAACACGUGUGGCCGGCUACGCGCACUUUGGCGACUCGUACGCCAGCGGCAUGGGCACGGGGACGACGUCGGGCGACGCGUGCCGUGUCGGAUCUAACAACUACGGCGAUCUCAUCUACAAGUGGCUCAACGACGAUUCUAUCGCGUGGGAGGGCCCCAAGUCUUGCUCCGGCGACACCACGGUCGAGUUGAUGCAGAAGCUCGAUGCGUGGAGUACGGCCGCGGACACCAACGUCGUCACGCUCACUAUCGGCGGUAACGACCUCGGCUUCUCGGACCUGGUAUGGUACUGCAUCAUCACCCCGAACACGGCUAGACUGGGAUCGACGAACCGAAAGAACUGCGAGGAGGCCCAGGAGAAGGCCUUCGCCAUGAUCCAGGAUGAGGGCGGCGACGGCUUCAAGGCAAAGCUCAAGGCCGCUUAUACAAAGGUCCUGCAGAAGGGCCACGACGCUGAGACCGACAUCAUGCUAUACGUCGCCGGCUACCCGGUCUUCUUCAACACAUUGACAGAGGACUGCAAGGACUCCUCGUUCCACUACUGGUGGGGCGGAUACAAGCCUUCCUCCGACUGGCCCCUCAACCGCAUCGUGUACCUCACCAAGAAGCUGCGCAGCGAAAUGUUCGAACUCGUCUACCGGACGAACACCGCCAUCAGCGAGGCGGUCGACGAGGCCAACGAGGAGUGGGGUGAGACCGCGGUGCGCUUCAUCAACAUCGCAAACUCGUUCGACCCGAGGGACGGGACCGACCACAGCUGGUGCUCCAGCGACGACGUCCACGAGCCGGACGAGAACCGGGAGGACACAUGGUUCUUUCUCAGCGGCUGGAAGGACUUCGAUGCAGAAUCCGCUGCGACGGUCCGGUCCCGAGCUCAGGACGAGGCCGAGGCGAAGGCACUCAUCCAGGCGGGCAACGCCACUCUGCCGGAUGCCAACGAGUGCGAAGGCGUGACGGGAUCGUCUGGAGGCGACCCAUGGAAGUUGUGGCAGUGCCGCAUGGCCGAAGCCGUCGCCGAGGACCCUAGCGGCCCGGCGGCCGCGAGGUUCAAUGCUACGAACCGUGCUCUGGGCGGUGGCAACAUGACCAUCCAGGACAUCGACUGGUGGGUUCCCACGCGCCAGAUCAAAACGUUCCACCCGAGGACGCGCGGAAUGAUUGCGUACCGGGAUGCCAUUAUCCACGAGAUGCAGCUCUACGGGCAGAUCUGA